UGUCUGCGCACAGUGACAACGCUAGCGGUUACUUCACAAGGAAGUAGUGGAAGUUGAAGUGGGAAGAUGUUUAAUUAACAGCCUUUACAGUUUGUUAAUACGUCUGCGUAUUUAAUGUAACAGUUCUGUUAUCACGAGCGAUUAGACGUGUCAUUGUGCGCUCGUGAUAGUGGUGCAUGUGCGUUUAUUCACGUUCAGUUAAUGCUGCUUCUGGGGUGGAUAGGUGUCAUUACUUAUAGCGGUUCGGUUCUCUCACUCUCUUUAAGGAGCAUUGGAUUUCUAGCGUGUAAGAUCAUGAAUUCCAGCCAGACAGUGAAGUGCAUGAGUGAUGGAGCUGGAAGUGUAGGCAGAUGCGUCAGACCUGCUGGCGGAGACUCACUGAUGGCGGCCGAGGAGAGACAUCCGAGAUCUGCCAGUCCCCGCGGUGUGAACGGAGAAGAUGAUUCUGAAGCGGAGUCCCAUCAGGACGGCCGUAACGUGGAUGUGGACCCGGAGACUAGGAGCAGGGCGUUCAGCUGGUGCCGUGACUUUCUGUCCGGAUCAUGGAAGGCUAUACCGGAGCAUGACUUUCAGAUCAAAAUAGUCAGUGGAGGACUCAGUAACCUGCUGUACAUGUGCAGUUUACCCGACGAUGUUCAGCCCACCGGGGUCGAACCUCGACGAGUUCUGCUCCGGAUCUACGGGGCCAUUCUACAGGGAGUGGAUUCUCUUGUUUUGGAAAGUGUGAUGUUUGCCAUUUUAGCAGAGAGAGAGUUGGGCCCACAUCUCUAUGGCAUUUUCCCAGAAGGUCGUCUAGAGCAGUACUUGCCUAGUAAUCGCUUGCGUACAGAGCAGUUGGGGUUCCCAGAGAUCUCAGCUGAAAUAGCCAGUAAAAUGGCACGAUUCCAUGGGAUGCAGAUGCCAUUCAACAAGGAACCCAAAUGGCUGUUUGGAACCAUUGACCGGUAUAUGGAACAAGUUAAAAUAAUACAAUUUGUGCGUGAAGCUCACAUCAAGAAAUUUACCAAGCUAAUGAAGUAUGAUCUUCCUGCAGAACUGGAGAAUCUGAGGUCACUGCUGGCAGCUACUCCCUCUCCAGUUGUGUUCUGCCAUAAUGACGUACAGGAAGGCAAUAUCCUCAUGUUAGAUGGCCGAGAGAAUUCAUCUGACAAACUAAUGCUUAUUGAUUUUGAAUACAGCAGCUAUAACUACAGAGGCUUUGAUUUUGGGAAUCAUUUCUGUGAAUGGAUAUAUGACUACACAUAUGAUCAGUGGCCCUUCUACAAGGCAAAGGUGGAGAAUUACCCCAACAGACAACAGCAGUUACGUUUUAUCAGACACUAUCUGUCAGAAAAGGGGGGCAUUGCACCUGUUGACCAAGCCAGGAUAGAAGAGGACAUGAUCAUUGAGGCAAACCGGUUUGCCCUUGCGUCUCAUUUCCUCUGGGGUUUGUGGUCUAUUAUUCAAGCCAAGAUCUCUAAAAUCGAGUUUGGAUAUAUGGACUAUGCACAGCACAGGUUUGACACAUACUUCAAACAGAAGAAGCUCUUUUCCUAAAUUGCGACAUACAGCAUAUGCUUCAGAAUAUCAUUUUGCAUCACCUGUUGUUUAGGUAUUGAUUUUUAAAAAAAAAAAAACUUCAAGAAAGGGCACAGUACAAAACAAUUAAGACUGCUAACGAACGGUUCAUCCUGGGGAACAUUAAUUUUAAAUAAUGAAUAGUCCAAAGAUAGCCUGCCUUAAAGUCACAUUUUGUAGGGCUUUAUUAUAGUUGUUCUUAUCCCUUCCAAAAAAUUAGAAGGUAAAAAGUUACAAAUUAUCUGCAAAUGGGGGGGAUAGAAUUUUGUGACUGAAACCUUGAUACAAUUCACGUACUGUUCGUACCUCUUCAUUGUACAAGGCGAACUGUAAAAUUCAUUUUGUCAGUUUAUUUAUAAUAAUGUAACUGCAUUUUUUUGGAAUAUUGAAACUUGUGUGUGGUCAACAUUAUCUAUUAAUUCUAUCAAGAAUCAAUCCGUCCAUCAUAAUUACUGUGUAAACCACAGGGUCCAGUGAUAUCUCUUCAUUUUUGUGUCCUAGUUUCAAAUUCUAUAUUUGUUUGUACUUUCAUCUGAAAACAAAAGCAGCGUUGUAGCUUGUUUAAUUUUCCUCCCCAAUGUUUUAAAACAGUGCAAAAUUAUUGCAUCCUUCCUAUAUUUACAUACUG